AUGGGAAACGCUGGUAAGAAAAGCAGCAGGGAGCUGGCCGCCGACGGGGCCAGGCUGCUGGACGAGGGGUCGCCCGGAGCGGCGCUCCACACCCGGCUCUACGAAGCCAUACUGACAGAAGACUGCUCGGCCAUCCGGGCACUCCUACACAGCCACCCCGUCGAUCGGCCCUUGACCAUUCUGGCCAGCUCCUCCAGCUCCGGAGCACCUCGGCCCCAGGAGGCUACCCAUAAUGCACUGUGGCUUUCCCCCCUGGAGCAGAUGCAGCCCACCGUCCCCAUCCAUCUGGCGGCGGAGCACCGCAAGGCACAGAGUCUGCACUGUCUGUUGGAGCACGGCGCUGACCCGGAAGUGAGGGACGCCCGAGGCCUCACCACCCUCCACCUGAUGCUGCUGCACUGGCCGGUCGCCUCCACCGUGCGGACGGAGCCGGGGAACGGGAUCCACAGGCUCCUGGUGGACAUCCAGAAGGACGCCGUGACGUGUCUCCGCAUCCUGUGUGAGCACGGUGCGCGCGUGAACGCUCGGGUGGACGACAGACACAAGUAUUCACCCCUCCACCUGGCCGUAAGGUAUGGGGCCCAUCCAGGUCUCGCCAUCUUAGCCCGAAACGGUGCCCAGGUCAACGUCCCGGAUGAGUACAGCAGGACGCCGCUUCACAUGGCCGCAGGUUUACUGAAUGAGGAGAUGGCGGAAACGCUCAUCGCCUGUGGAGCAAACGUCAACUGCGCUGUCCCUUCCACGGGGAACACGGCCCUGAAGCUGGCGGUGUGCGCUGCGUGCAGCAAAGCGGGCCGCGUGCUGGCCGCGGGGCUGAGCUGCAUCCGUCUUCUGCUGAGGCACGGGGCCGAAGUCAACGCCCAGGACCGCAGCGGCCAGACAGCGGUCCACGAGGCAUGCUUUGCAGGCAGCGAGGCCGUCAUCAGCCUCCUGCUGGAAUUCGGAGCCGACGUUAACAUCCUGACGGGAAACGGGGAGUCCCCCAUACACGUGUACCUCCAGCGCCGCUCCAACGUGAGAGACAAGGCGCUUCUCGCCAAGCUGCUUUACCGCUCUUACCCUCUGAGGCUGACCAAUAACCAGGGACUUCUACCUGCGGGAAUCAUGCUCCCAGAAUUCCGCUCCUUGAGGGAAUCCCUAGUGGAGCUGUCUCGGAAACCCCUGCCCCUCGAGGACAUCUGCAGAAGAAACGUCAGAAACCUUUACGGGGAGAGGCACAAACACCACGUGGAGCGCCUUCUCCCGGGGGAGGUGUGCAGGGCCGUGUACGCGGGCUACGACCUGGCCUGCCUCUCGAAGUAAGACCUCGCGGCGCCCACGCCUCGGGCUCCAGUCCCUCCAACCCCGCCCUCUGGCGAGCCCCGGGCCCACAGACACUUGACCCGCAGCCCUGUCCACCCCACACGGACAAACUACGGAC